AUGAUAGAUGACUUGAAGUAUUUUGGGGAAAAAAUAGGACUUUAUUUUGCAUGGCUGGGCUUAUAUACAGAAUUCCUCAUUCCAUCUUCAGUCAUUGGGAUUAUUGUAUUUCUUUAUGGAUGUAUAACCAUUGAGAGCGACAUUCCUAGUAAGGAAAUGUGUGACCAGCAUAAUACCUUCACCAUGUGCCCUCUCUGUGACAAGUUCUGUGAUUACUGGAACCUCAGCUCUGCAUGUUCUACAGCUCAAGCUAGCCACUUAUUUGACAAUCCUGCCACAGUCUUCUUCUCUAUCUUUAUGGCUCUCUGGGCUACUAUUUUCCUUGAGCAGUGGAAGCGUUUACAGAUGAGGCUGAGUUACUUCUGGGAUCUGACUGGACUGGAGGAAGAAGAUGUAGCUGAGGAGGAUGUGAAAGAACUCCCUUUUACUUGCAAGAGAAAAAGGGUAAGGAAAUACUGAGAAACUCUAAUUAUAUGGAGAAUAGAAACUACUGGCUUCCCAUGAAUAUUCAGAAAUUGUAUUUCUAGGACCCAGUAUGUUCCUGCUUCGGAUUUUCUGGGUGGAGAGAUUGAACCUUAUUUUACCAAGUCAUCCAGAAUGAAAAAGUAAAUUUGAUAGAUGACAUCUUAGAACCUGGAACAGAAGUUGGGAUAAAAAAUGGACAGACAGAAAAGUCCAUACUAAUUGAAAUGCAAGUCAGAAAAGGCAUUAGUACUCAAUGCUGUUAUACUGUAUCAGUAUGGGGAGAAAUUUAGCUGUCUGUCUUUGUUAGAAACAUA